AUGGACACAAACAAGACGAAAAAGAAGCGAAUGAGCUUCGCGCCGCGCAAGAACAAGAAACGUAACAUUCAUGUGACGGGCAAAUGGAAAGCGGUGGAUUUGGAUCCCGAAAUCUUUUCCGAUGCAGGCCUGGAGGGUCUGGUUUGUUUUGAAAAACUGACAAAAUACACCCUCGUGGACAGCAAGAACGCUGCAAGUCAUGCCGAUAACGACCUCAAAGAUAAAAAGAAAAAGGGAAAGAAAAGAAAGUUGAUUGAAGCUGAGGAGGUGGUCGAAAAGGGAGACGCGGACAGCAAAACGUCAGAAAAGACUGCCAAGAAAAAGAAGAAAAAGAACAUUUCAGAUGAUGAGUCGAUCCAAGAAGAGACCCCCACCGUGGAGGCAUUGCAGGAAGAUGUAAGCGAGGAGGAGGAAAUAAAAAGCGACGAAGAGGACACAACUGUUAUCUCAGAACCAAAACCUAAAAAGAAAAAGAAGGGAAAAAAGCAGAAAAAGGGGACGGAAACAGCAGAACAAACCAACACAACUCAGGAUAAAGAGAGAAGACCUAAAAAACAAUUGAAAAACUGGACUAAUGCCGCUCUUUCUGGUUCUGAAGUCAAAAACUCAGACAUGCAUGCAUGGAAGGACCUUUUUGUACCUCCUGUUGUCCUGCAGGCCCUCAACAACCUUGGCUUUACAUCACCGACCCCAAUUCAAGCCCUGGUGCUGCCUUCGGCAAUACGAGACCGUAUGGAUAUAUUAGGGGCGGCUGAGACAGGAAGUGGUAAAACAUUAGCUUUCGGCAUUCCCAUGAUUCAUAACAUCCUGGAGUGGAAGGAAAACUCUAAAAAGCCUGGGGAUGAAGACGUAGCUCCAGACGUGAUGCCUGGCUCCCCUGAACCUAAUGUGGGAAGUCCCGAGGAGGAGGAGGAGGGUGAGAAAGAAGGCGGUAUCACUGUGCAGGCUGACGAAGGUGAAUCUGUGGAAGAUGGCAGCGAGGAUGACGAGAAAGAUCAGGACGGGAGGCUUGGUUGCGUGAAAGUCAUUGAAGAUGUUGAGUUGGACGAUGACACUGCUGUGGGAGAGAACGGUGCUGUUGAUCAUGCUCAGCCACUCCUUGGAUUGGUGCUCACCCCGACCAGGGAGUUGGCGGUCCAGGUCAAACAUCACAUAGAUGCUGUGGCCAAGCUCACUGAUAUCAAAACAGCCAUAGUUGUGGGUGGAAUGGCUCUACAGAAGCAGAGGAGGCUGUUGAAUUACAGGCCAGAAAUCGUCAUUGCCACCCCUGGACGUCUGUGGGACUUGAUCAAGGAGAAACAUCCACAUCUUCUCAACCUCAGAAGACUUAAGACCCUCGUGAUCGACGAAGCUGACCGCAUGGUGGAACGAGGCCAUUUCGCAGAGCUGGAGUCUCUGCUGGAAAUGUUGAACACCACUCACUUCAAUCCCAAGAGGCAAAAUUUUGUUUUCUCUGCCACACUGACAAUGAGCCACACCCUACCCAUGCGUGUGCUGCAGAAGAAGAAAAUGACGCAGCAGACUGACAAAGUGGCUCUUCUCAUGGAAAAAGUGGGUAUGAAAUCCAAGCCCAAAGUGAUCGACCUGACCAGAAAGCAGGCGACAGUGGAAACAUUGACCGAAACGCAGAUUCACUGUCAGAAAGAGGAGAAGGACUUUUUCCUUUACUACUUCCUAUUGCAAUAUCCCGGACGUACGAUGGUGUUCGCCAACAGUAUCGACACUAUCAAACGACUCAACUCGCUGCUGAUCAUCCUGGACUGCACGCCGCUGCCGCUGCAUGGCAACAUGCACCAGAAGCAGCGUCUCAAAAACCUGGAGAGGUUUGCCGAGAGGGAAAGUUGUGUGUUGCUGACGACUGACGUGGCUGCAAGAGGGCUGGAUAUCCCCAAUGUGCAGCAUGUCAUUCACUACCAGGUUCCUCGAACAUCAGAGACAUACGUCCAUCGCAGCGGCAGGACGGCCAGAGCUACGAAAGAGGGCCUCAGUUUGCUGCUCAUCGGUCCCGAUGACGUGCUCAACUUCAAAAAGAUUUACAGGAACCUAGGAAAAGACGAGGAGCUUCCCACGUUCCCCGUUGAGAUCCAGUGCAUGGCGGCGAUCAAGGAGCGCGUCAACUUGGCCAGGAAGAUAGAAAAGAUUGAGUUCUACAACAGCAGGCAAAAACAUCACAACUCCUGGUUGAGGCAAACGGCAGAAGCGAUGGAAAUUGAUGUAGACGAAGACCUCUUGUUAGGGAAGGGGAGGGACGAGGAUGAUGAUCGAGAGCAACAGAUGAUGGUGAAAGGCAUGAAGAAACACUUGAAGCAUCUCAUCUCUCAGAAUGUGUUUAAGAGUGUGACCAAGACCAAAUACCCCACUCAGAUGGGACGCCUGUGCACGGCUCAGCUGUCUGUCAUAGGUGAGCAAAGUGCCCUCAUGAGACUGACAGCGCAGAAGAAAACACAAACUGGUGUGCCGCAGCACAAAAAAGGCAAGAAAAAAAGCCGGCGCUGA